UUGUUUGGUUUUAGGAUGAGAUUCAACGUUACUUGACAUUUGCAAGACUCUUCAAGCCCACGAUAAACAAAGAAAGUCAAGAUUUUAUAGUUGAACAGUACAAGGCAUUGCGACAAAGGGACAUUAAUGGCAUUUCAAAGUCUUCAUGGCGAAUAACAGUCCGGCAGUUAGAGAGUAUGAUAAGGUUGUCGGAGGCAUUAGCGCGGCUACACUGCCAAGACGAGGUACAACCAAAGCACGUUAAAGAAGCAUUCAGACUGCUCAAUAAAUCAAUCAUAAGAGUUGAAACACCAGACAUUCAGUUCGAUGAACAAGAUGGUCAAGAUAUGGAAGUAGACGAAGAUACAGAGCAGCCACAGGCCGCCCAGGUGAAUGGCGAUAUCCCUAAUGGAGACUCUCACGCCAAGUCAAGUGAACCUGCCCAGAAACGCAAAUUAAAGCUGAAAUAUGAGCAGUACAUGAUAAUUGCAAAUUCCAUUGUAUCUUAUAUGAGAAAUGAAGAAGACAAAACUGACGACGAGGAAUCAGCAAUCCGAAGAACUGACGUCGUAAACUGGUACUUAAAGGAACAUGAAAGUGAAAUCGAUUCACAAGCGCAGCUUGAGGAGCAAACGUUUUUAAUCAAUCGAGUUCUGGACAAGCUCAUAUUCAGCGAUGGCGUUCUCUUGGCACUGAAGGAACCCUUAAAAGCAACAGAUGAAGAAGCAGUUCCAGCCGAGGAUGAAGACAACCCGUAUCUCGUUGUUCAUCCAAAUUACGUCAUCGAGUAGAAAAAUGGACACUGGAACAUUUUUAUGAACUGUAAAAAGGUAUUUGGUAAUCCAGAUUGGCCCCUGGAGGAGUUGAAUACCAUCAUGAUACAGCAGGGGCCCCCUUAGAGGAGAAGAGAGGCAAUCUUUAGCAUAACAAAUGUAUAAUAUUGGAUAAAAUUUCUUGUAUCUAC